AUGGGUAGGUGUCUGUCCAAGGAACGGCCGCGGGAUGACGGUGUUCCGACGGACGGUCUUCUGGUGGAUCCGCGAGGACAUCCUCAGGCGGCCAUGAACGUUUAUCGUGGAUCGUCGCUACAGAGACACGGAUCAAUGGGAGUAGCGUCACCAUCCAUGUAUCACGUCAACUCAUCGAACAACUACUUUGGGCAUGCAAAUAUGGGUAUCGGCUACAACCAGCCUUAUGGUAAGGACUGUUUUAUGGUUUUAAAUGAUCUUAACAAAACUGUAACGUGCCAUAUUUAUUAGUUUUUCAUUUAUAAUUUUGUACCUAUUGAUUGCAAACUUAACGAUUAAUGGGUUCCUCAAAAACUAUAAACAUAAGAAUAGUUUUUAUUAUUUAAAGCUGUUUCACGACUGAAAUGAAAUAUGUGUUUUAGCCGUACAACAACGACUACAAGCCAUGCACGACUAUGACAGAAGCGUUGAUGGCGACGUCAGCUUCAGAAAAGGUGACAUAAUGGUGUUGCUGGAUGACAGGUGAGUGUGAUAGGCAAUGUUUUAUUUAUUUUUAGUAAUAAUGACUGGUGGUAUGUUCACCAUCCCCAGAACGGCCCCGGCUACGCUCCGCGCAACUUUGUGGCUCGACUUGAAUCCUUGGAAUGCGAGGAUUGGUACGCUGGAAAGAUACAGCGAAGUUUAGCGGAAAAGUUGGUUACCGCACAAAACAUGCCUCGGGGCACGUUCCUUGUGCGGAAGAGGGAUUCUGGAAACGAAUACGCUCUGACCAUUAAUGACAGCCGGGAAGACCGGGUCGAGGUUAAGCACUACAAGAUAAAACCGUUGGACGGAACCGGCUACUACAUCACGACGAAGAAAGUGUUCCCGUCUGUCAGAGACCUUGUUCAUUAUUAUACCUGUAAGUUGUCUUGAUAUACCUAAAAUGUGCUGAUUAUAAAAUUGAUGGUUAAUUAGGAAUCAAAUGUGUUAUAUUGCAGCAGAAAAUGGUGGUUUAUGUCAUCAGCUCACCUAUCCUGCUCCUAAAGUGGCACCAGUCCGUCCAGACUUGAGCUCGGAUACCCAGAAGAACUGGGAGAUACCUCGUGAAGAACUCCAACUUGAAAGCAAACUAGGAGACGGUAACUUCGGAGAAGUUUGGUACGGUAAAUGGCGAGGACAGGUAGAAGUGGCCAUCAAAACAAUGAAGCCUGGUACGAUGAGUGCGGAUGGGUUCUUGGCGUAAGUUUACUUCUUAAUGACAACCUUUGUCCUGUUUAGUGAGGCUCAGAUCAUGAAGCAAUGCAAUCAUCCAAAGCUAGUUAAACUGUACGCUGUGUGUACCGAAAAGGACCCAUACUAUAUUGUCACCGAGUACAUGGUGAACGGAUCUCUCUUAUCGUAUCUCAGGAAUGCCAGCAACAACUUAUCCAUCCAGGCCUUAGUGGACAUGUGCUCACAGAUCGCCAGCGGCAUGAUGUACUUGGAGAGCCGCAAACUCGUACACCGUGACCUGGCAGCUAGGAACGUGCUAGUAGGCGAAAAGAUAUCCGGGGUUCCAGAAGUAAAGGUGGCCGACUUCGGGUUGGCCAGGAAGUUGAUGCACGAGAACAUUUACGAAGCUCAAGCUGGGGGAAAGUUCCCAAUCAAAUGGACAGCUCCAGAGGCCGCUACACAAGGAAACUUCACAGUAAAGUCUGACGUGUGGUCAUACGGUAUCUUACUGUACGAGAUUUUCACAAGAGGACACAUUCCAUAUCCAGGUUUGUAAUUUUAAUUUUUCAAACGUAUUGUUUUCUAAAUAAUAAUUUCACAGAUGUAUGUCAUCAAUGUAAAAGUAACCUCACAUGACUUCAGGAAUGGCUAACAAAGAGGUGAUAGAACAAGUGGAACAAGGCUACCGAAUGCCACGACCGUCCAGCUGUCCCCACCCCAUUUACGAAGAGAUGCUGAAGUGUUGGGACAAGUCCCCGGAGAAGAGGCCUAGCUUCGAAUACCUCUACUCCUUCUUCGACGACUACUUUGUCAGUUGCCAGCCGAACUACGUGCCUCCGUCCGUAGAUGACAUGGCCCGCUAA